GCUCUGGUGGAGGAUUAGACUCAGAUCAAAAUAUAAUAAGCUGAACAUAUCCUUCUGACUAUGGGCGUAUUCUAUUGGUUAGCCAGAAUGUAUGGAAUUAGAAUGAGUCUGGAUCACCUUUCUUGAACACGCUUUUCUUUUUCAAAGAAGCUUAGAACGGCUGUCAGGAACACUUUUUCACGUCAACAUUGGAAAGUCGCUGCACAACCGUCUAGGCACGAGUAAGCAGCGUCGACAUAGCUGAGACGACAGCACUAAUGCUUCAAUAAUGUGAUACCUGGUUACAAGGGAACGAAGCUAGAGUAAAACAUCAGGAAACUUGGAAAGUUUCUAGGUAACCGUUGUAAAUCACCUCUCCACAGCCAAYGGAGAAGGAUGUUUACAAAAUAUCUAAGUCCAAGGGAAAAAGCUACCAUCGAUUAUCGAAACCUGACGGGUUGUAAUAUUUCACGAGGACUGAAUAACCUCUGGACCGCUUCAGACGACUUCAACUAACUAGAACUGAGAGCUGUGGAAUCUAAUAACACCAAGUUAAGGAUUUAAGCUGGUCAUUUUCCAGCACUUCACCAAGGCAAAAAACUUCAAUUUGUACGACGAAUUUCAUACAAGCUCUAGGCACACGAGUCAAUCAGUGCAAGGGAUUUUUGUAGUUAUUCAUGUGAACGGCACUCGACGUAUAUCCAUCAUUGCCUUCUAAACGCACUGUCAUUCGAUUGCUUGUCCGGAUCCCAAGCCUCUUAAACAUUGCGACCAGAUUUAUUAAAGCUCUAUCCGAACAGACUCUCACAUUGUCAGUCUAUAAAUAUGCAAUUUGUCGGUAAGGCAAUACUCAGUACAGAAGAGAUUCCAGCAUAUUCGAUGAGUACGAAAGACCUUCGACAUGGUUGUUCAAGAAAAAUAACCGAGGUAAAUAAUUAAAGGUGAUUGAUAUUGUGUAUUUUAGUUUACAGGCUUUUGCAUGUUAAGUAUUUUGGGCAUUUUAUCCACAUUUCAACUUGAAGAGCGUGCGGUAGAGACCGAUCAGUUCGAGCAGCAGCACGUUUCCAUUGUUCUGAAAAAUUAUCUUAAAAAUCAAAAACAAAAUUAAGAUACGAAUCUUGCUUCCCCUAACUUAUGCUCUUAAUUGAGACACAACCAUGGUUUUUGUUUACAUAUUUGAAAGAUUUCGUAUACCUUUCAUCUCAAUUAUGUAGAUUUAACUUUAGAAGUUCUUGGGUUAGAUCAAAGAUCCCCAUUUCCCCCCACUCUCUCCCACAAUAAUUUUCUAUGCGCAUCAACCGAUGACAACACUAACAGCAGAAUCCACCUUUAUUGGAAUACAAAUAAUACUUAUCGCUUCUUGCUGCAUCUGGUUAUGCUAUAACAUUUUAUUCAUUUAACAUCGGAAAAGGUACGAGAUUUAUUUAUCGUGAAAAACCACUCUUUAAUGUGUUUUUGCCAAAGAUUACGCAAAAGACUGCAACCAUUCUUCAACAACUUCGCAACCACUGGAAUUCAAGUAUUCCAGUAUUGCAGGAAUUUUAAGUAACUCAUGACCAAGGGUGUCCAACAUGUCAAACAACAGCACAAAUGUAUCGAGCAGCGUCUUAGCACUCAAACAAGGCCUCACUCGAACCGAGUUGAAUGUAUUUCUUGUCUUCUCUGUCUUCCUGGUUGGAGUGGUCAUCUUCAAUAACUUGCUGGUUAUACUUGCGGCUUAUUCAAAUCCAAGGCUCAGACGAAGUACAUAUAGUAUUUUUGUGAGUUUGGCCGUAUCUGACUUUCUAGUGGGAGCAGUGUCUAUGCCAUUAUGGAUAUACAUGAUGGCGACGAGUGCCAGGAUGCCACAAGGAGUUUACGUAUUUUACAUAGUUUUCGAUAUCUUCAGCGCAAUGGCGUCUAUACUUCAUCUUGCAAGCGUCAGCAUUGAGAGAUACUUGGCUGUUUCGAAGCCAGCAAAACACAAACUGACUUCACAACAGCCGUACAGAAACACUCUUGCCGCGGUAUGGAUUUUUGCUGCAUUUAUUGCAGGUUUAUAUCCGCUCCAAAAAACCUUUAACUGGAUAGCAAUCUACACAAUACUCGUCUUCUCCCUUGGAUUCUUCAUUCCUCUUGUAAUCAUAUCCACCAUGUAUAUCAAAAUCUUUCGAAUCAGUACAAAAAUUAUCGCUCCUCUGGAGAGAAGAACAAGUAAAGAAGACCUUAAAAGACAUCUUCGCAAAGAGCACCAGCUUGCCAGAACAGGUGCUCUCGUAACAGGUCUCUUUUUCAUAACCUGGAUCCCAUUUUUCACAGUCUCUCUCGUUGGUACCUUCUGCCAUCUUUGUCUCAUGCCGAUACCUGGAUUCGACUGGAAGCUAACGGCUUUUGUCAAGUUCAUGCACUAUGGAAACAGCGCUAUGAAUACAUGUAUCUACGCGUUCCUUAAUACCGAAAUGAGACGAACUUUUGUGCGGCUGUUCAGUUCUUUGACGCCCAAAAUUUGUCCUGUGAGGUUAUUGCAUUUUAUUGAGCGAACUAGACGGUGGAGGGACAUCAGAAAACACAUGAAACCUCCACAGCGUCUCGGACCUGUCAUUUUUGCUAAUUAAUUAGCUUUUUGACUGGCAUUCAGGCAAUGCAACUUUAAAUGCAAAGUGAUAUAGAGCCUUGGCCUCGAAUAUGGAAUCCGAUGCGAAAAUCUAAAUUCAGGAUUUGGACUCCAGUAUCCAACAAGAGGGUUUGCCAAAGAUUUGAGAAAGCAGUUGCAUGUUAAGUUCUAUAAAUUCAACUCUGUAGAUAGUUUAUUAAUUCACUUCAUCAGUAUCCGUGUCUUUCUUAUAGUAAAUUUCGUGUUUUUCAACGUGAUUAAAAGCUUAACUUUUUAAAAUAUGUUUUUAUGCUAAAAUUGCAAAGAUAUAUGCUAGCUAUAACAUAAAAUAUAAUGAAAAUAGUAUAAUGAAUAUAAAAAAUAGACAUAUUUCCGCGUUUACCAUGCGUCCACGUGCAUCGAUCCUUCCAUUUUUUCACCCAUCCAUCCAACAUUCGUUUCAUUCAGGCACUUGUUUACUUACACCUCACUACAAUACCAAUCAGCCAGCUAUAUAGAUGAGAUAAAAUAUUACAAAACAUACAUUUUUAGACAAAUUUAGGAUAUUCCUGAAAAUAAAUCAAAAUUGGACAAGCUUCUUUCAACAAUUUUCAGGGAAAAUAAUUUAAAUGAAUACCACCUUUUUUAUUGAAAAAGUAAUAAUGGACUUUUUGGAGAAUUGCGUUUGCUUUUACCCACGCAUAUGAUUAAUUUGUCUCAUAGGCAUAAAUUUAAAUUACCCUACUUGAAAGAAAGUUAAGCGAGGCCCUUUGUUCUGCCUCGGUUGUGUUCAACAAAAACCCGUUCAAUUUGAAUCAACUUGUAUUGUUCCGUAGUGCGUACAUUCCUUGUAAUACAAUGGGUCUUAAUAAAAACAAGAAGGCUUAGCCGAAAGGCAAAC